UCGCGAUUUUCUCCAUAUAUAAGUCUACAUCGCUCUUUGAACUUUAAGUUUCUUCUCCUUUUACCCAAGUACACACACACAAUGUUAUCUGCUGCCAGACAAUCCCUUAGAAGCUACUCCUCCGUUGCCCCAAAGACCCUCAAAAUCGGUUUGAUCGCCGGUGAUGGUAUCGGCAAGGAGGUGAUCCCAGCUGGUCGCCAGAUCUUGGAGGCCUUGCCAUCGGACUUUGGCUUGAAGUUCAACUUUGUUGACUUGGAAGCUGGCUUCGAGUUGUUCAAGAAGACCGGUACUGCGUUGCCAGAAGAAACCGUCCAGAUCUUGAAGAACGAGUGUGAUGGUGCCUUGUUCGGUGCUGUUUCGUCUCCAACCACCAAGGUUGAGGGCUACUCCUCCCCAAUCGUUGCCUUGCGUAAGAAGAUGGGCCUCUACGCCAACGUCAGACCUGUCAAGUCCGUUGACGGCAUCGGCAGACCAGUGGACAUGGUGAUUGUCAGAGAAAAUACCGAAGAUUUGUACGUCAAGGAAGAGAGACUCUUCCAGGCGCCAGACGGCACUAAGGUUGCCGAGGCUAUCAAGAGAAUUUCCCAAACCGCCUCCUCCAGAAUCGGGAAGAUGGCUUUCGAAAUCGCUUUGCAGAGACAAGCCGUCAGAGACUUGGGCGGUGCCUCUUUGCACACCGUACCAUCGGUCACCGUCACCCACAAGUCCAACGUGUUGUCUCUUACCGACGGCUUGUUCAGAGAAACCAUCAGAGAGUUGUACGACAACUCCCAGGCACAGUACGCCUCCGUCGACUUGAGAGAGCAGAUUGUUGACUCCAUGGUCUACCGCAUGUUUAGAGAACCAGAGAUCUUUGACGUCGUCGUGGCUCCAAACUUGUAUGGUGACAUUCUCUCUGACGGUGCCGCCGCCUUGGUUGGUUCCUUGGGUGUUGUCCCAUCCGCCAACGUCGGUAAUAACUUUGCCAUCGGUGAGCCAUGUCACGGUUCCGCCCCAGACAUUGAGGGCAGAGGUAUCUCCAACCCGAUCGCCACCAUCCGUUCCACCGCUUUGAUGUUGGAGUUCAUGGGCUACGCCGCUCCAGCUGCCAAGAUUUACGCUGCCGUUGAUGCCAACUUGUCCGCGAAUCUCAUCAAGACCCCAGACUUGGGUGGUAACUCCAAGACCCAGGACGUUAUCGCUGAUAUCAUCAGAAGACUUUAAUUCUUUCAUUCAAGCUAACUAGCUUUCAUAAACCCCACCCCUUCUUGUGUGUUGCAAAUUUCAAUUCUCCAGUCCAUGGCUUUCUCUAUCAGAUGUACAUUAUUUCGUGGUUAAACC